UCGCUUAAACUUUAAGCUGGUGCACUGACAACUCCUUACAGAGAGAGAGAGAGAGAUGAAGGUGAGUGUAGAAGGGGAGAAAGUGAUACUUGUACCUUACAUGAGAGAGCAUGUCCCUAAGUACCAUCAAUGGAUGCAAGAUCCUCUUCUCCUUCAAGCUACUGGUUCUGAACCCCUCACCCUUGAUCAAGAAUAUGAUAUGCAACUUUCUUGGACCCAAGACCCCUUAAAGCAGACCUUCAUCGUGUUGGACAAGGAACUAAUUGUUGGAAACUUUAUUCAUGGAGAACCUCAUGUUGAAGCCAUGGUUGGUGAUGUGAACAUAUACAUGAAUGACUUGGAUGAUCCCCAAAUGGCUGAAGUUGAGAUUAUGAUAGCUGAACCGAAAAGUCGUGGCAAAGGGCUUGGCAAAGAAUCUGUUCUCAUGAUGAUGACAUUUGCAGUUGAUAACUUCAAGAUACAUACCUUCCGCGCCAAAAUUGGAGAACUAAAUCAGGCCUCUCUGAGUCUAUUCAAAAAAUUGGGUUUCACGGAGACCUCUUACAGUGAAAUCUUCAACGAGAUGACCUUAGAGUUGCCAAUGACUGAGUCAAAGAUUUGUGAGCUGCAUCAAUUAAUUGGCAAUAUGGUUACACAUUCAUAGCACCCGAAGACACAACGUGUAUGCUGAUGACUGAGUCAAUGUGUAUGAGCUCCAUCAGUUAAUGGUUAUACGGUCAUAUUACCCGGAUAGACAAUUCCCUGGAGGGUGUGUUGAGUAUAUUAUUAAGGUGAUUAGUUUUAUCCAUAGACUGUUGAAUCAAAGCUGAGACUCUUCUACUGAUUUUUCACUAAUUAAUAUUAUCCUGGUGUUUAAAGGAA